AUGGCCCCGGGCCCCGAUCCCGCCGUCGGCCUGGUGCAAGUCAGAGCACACGGAGGACACUCCCACUCACAUGGUCAUCACCACCAUCAUGACAAUACCUAUCUUACCAGCAGUAACAAGAGCGAUCCGGGCGUGCGGAUAACGAGGAUUGGACUGUAUGUCAACCUGGGCAUGGCGAUUUGCAAAGGAGCUGGAGGGGUGGUGUUCAAUUCGCAAGCGCUCACGGCUGAUGCGCUCCAUGCAUUGACCGACUUGGUGUCGGACAUCAUGACCCUCGCCACCAUAUCUUACUCUCUCCGCCCGGCCUCCAAGCGCUUCCCCACGGGCUAUGGCAAGAUCGAAUCGCUGGGUGCGCUUGGUGUUUCAGGCUUCCUUUUGACAGGCGGCUUGAUGAUUGGUGUACAAUCUAUAUUGGCGUUGAGCCAACAAUUCUUCCCAGAAGUCGCACACACUCUGUCCCACAUUGGCCUGUUCGAGCACGCUCAUAGUCACGGCCACAGCCACGGGGGAGGCGAACUCGGCCCGAACAUCAAUGCAGCCUGGCUCGCAGGCGGAAGCAUCGUUAUCAAAGAGUGGCUAUACCGAGCGACGAUGAAGGUCGCAAAGCAGAAGCGGAGCAAUAUUCUGGCGAGCAAUGCCUACCAUCACCGCGUCGACAGCCUCACCGCGUUCGUGGCCUUGUUGACCAUUACCGCUAGCCAUUUCUUCACCAAUGCACAGUGGCUUGACCCGGUGGGCGGCCUCAUCAUCAGCGGAAUGAUUGUCCAAGCGGGCUGGGGCAACACCAAAGCGGCUCUCUACGAGCUGGCGGAUGUGGGAAUCCAAGACGAGAUCAAAGAGAAAGUGCAGAAGGCAUCGGCGGCUGCUUUGCAAGAGCAAGUCGGCUCGGAAGCAAUUGUCAAGGGUGUGCAAGGCAUCAAGAGCGGACAGAACGUCCUGGCUGAGAUUGAGGUCGCCGCACCCUCUGACUGGACGCUGUCGAAGAUUGGCGAGGUGGAGGAGCGCGUACGGGACAGCGUGAUCGCUCAAGUUCGAGGGGUCCGACGAGUGGUAGUGCGAUUCACGAGCGAUGCCGACGGGGAUAAGGAAGCUUUUGCAGACGACUUCGCCCCCGCUCCCGCCAGCAGUCCUGAGCCGGAAGACGGACAUGACCAUGGCGACCAUGAAGCGAAGCACGACCACUCUCAUGCACAGUCUGCCGAGCAGUCCAGCGGCUCUGCUCGAAGACGGAAGUGA